AGAGGAGUUCAGGGUAAAGUCACCUUCAAUAUAGCCCCUAGCUUUAGGAAUGCUCCCCCACCCUGUGAGGUCUAUGUACGCGCUCAGUUCUCUUACAAUCCCUACGAUGACGACUUGAUACCCUGUUCGCAAGCUGGAGUGUCUUUUCAAAUAGGUGACAUUCUUCAAGUAAUCAGUAAGGACGAUCACAAUUGGUGGCAAGCAAAAAAGGAAAGCACCAAUGGGACGGCAGGACUCAUUCCUUCACCUGAGCUUCAGGAGUGGAGGAUGGCUUCCCUUGCCAUGGAAGAGACAAAAUCUCACCAAGUUAGUUGCUCAAUAUUUAGCAGAAAGAAGAAACAUUAUCGAGACAAAUACUUAGCCAAGCACAACGCCAUAUUUGAUCAGCUGGACAUAGCAACCUACGAAGAAGUUGUGAUGUUACCUGCUUUUAAAAGAAAAACGUUAGUCCUUUUAGGUGCCCAUGGAGUUGGGAGAAGACAUAUCAAAAACACCCUUAUAGGAAAUUAUCCUGAGAAAUAUGCUUACCCUAUACCUCAUACAACAAGGGCGCCAAGGAAAUCGGACGAAAAUGGAAAAACCUAUUUCUUUGUUUCUCACGACGAAAUGAUGGCGGACAUAGCUGCUAAUGAAUAUUUAGAAUACGGAAUGUACGGUGAGGCUAUGUACGGAACUAAACUGGAGACCAUUAGAGCGAUCCACGCUGAGGGAAAGGUGGCCAUCUUGGAUGUUGAACCUCAGGCGUUGAAAACCCUCCGAACAGUUGAAUACACUCCAUACGUUGUCUUCAUCGGAGCGCCAUCUUUGUCGUCUCUAGCAGAUACACCAACUGACGGGAGUUUGGAACGACUCGUCAAGGAAAGUGACCUCUUGCAGCAAGUCUACGGUCACUUCUUCGACUUGACCAUUGUGAACAGCAACAUUGACAAGACAAUCGAGACUUUGGAAAAGCAAAUGGAGGAUAUUAAUGAGACACCUAGCUACCUUCCUAUAACCUAU